ACAUAAAUACUAUACAAUAUUAAAACAUUUAUUAUAUAGGUAGUAAUUUCAAUAAAUAACGAUUAUUCCUUUGGAAUUUUCAAUAAAUGUUAUUCUUGAUCGUCGUGAGUGUUAUGAUAUGAUAAAUGUGAAUUAAGGUGCUAAACAUUACGAAAAGCCGCUCGAUAUAAUGUUUCCCGCCACCUUAGAGAUUACCGCCCAGCCCUCUCAGCGUCAUCAUUUUCGCUAUUUAAGUGAAGGGUUUCGGGCUCCGCUACAAGCCUCGGAAUUAAGAUUAGAAACUACUGAGCCAUUUCAGAGUCCAGUUCAGAUUGUUUGCCAAUUGGUUCAAGAGUAUGAAGGUCACGAUGGAUACUUCGUAUCGCCAAACACGCUGCAGUAUAUUGGCAUUGCUCCCAAUUCUGAAGUGGGCGGAAAAACAAGAAAGAGAAAGAAGCCAGACUUAAACUUCAAUUUUGAGCCGGUUCGCAAGUGGAUGACGACUAUUGAUAGCACAGGAAUGAAUUUCACAUUUAAAUUGGCCGAUUAUUGCAUUGCUAAGACAAAGCAUACGGACAUCAAAGAAAAUGUAGAGAAACUGAAGGAAAGUAUAACUCCGGAAUUGGUUCAGUUGCCACCGGAUGAUGUGAUUACACAGAAAUUUGGUAAGGAUGUGACGGUUUAUUUAGCAUUCACUGCUUUUACUGUCAAGGACGGGAAUCGGUGGAAAAUCUGUGAAACAGUUUUCUCAAAUGGAAUACUCAAUGCGAGCGAAUCAGUAAGCAUUAUACGGUGCUUCAACGAGAAAUUAUCAUUUGAAGGUGAAGAUGUGUCUCUCUUGCUUUCUGAUGUUAAAAGAGAUUAUCAGAUUAAAUUGUGUAAUGAGGAAGGAAAUUGGGAGUCAGCGAUUAUCAAACCUAACACAACUUUUAAGAAACUAAAGACGAAUAGCAUUCUGGCCUACAAAGUUCCAAAAUAUGAUGGUCCCAACUCAUCAAUCGAAACUGCGGUCCCAUGUAAGCUAAUGCUUUACGAUGGCGAUGAAAUAUUGGAUGAAACGAAAGUAAGUUUUGUCCGGUAUGCUACAACAGUAAGUGAUGGCAAAUGCAGUGGGAAUGCACCAAUUCAAGUUGAUUCUGAGAUUGAGCCUUCAACGAAGGUAGAGGUGACAAGUAUAGAAAUAUUGCCACCAUUGUUCAGUCAUGAUUCAAACAACAAUCCGAGUAUUGGGGAUCAACCAAUAUAG